GCACUUCUUGUGUACUCUACCAACGAAAACAAAGUUCUUAUCAAUACAGUUUGGCAUUAAUCACGGCUCCGAAUUAGAUCAAUGAUGUGAUUCCGCCACGAGGAAGCCGUUCCGUUCCGAUCCCACUCCAAAAUGAGCCACGGCGACCAGAGUCACAACCACAGCAGCCAGCGGAGCCAGGAGCGCGCUGGCGGAGGCGACUCCAGCAAGGACAGGGAGAAGGAGAAGAAGGGCUGGUUCCACUCGCUGACCAGGCGCAAGAAGUCCGACUCCGCGCUUGCUGUGUCUGCAUCCGCGUCCAGCAGUGGAUCCCAGAACAACAACAACGAGGUGUGCGUCCUUGAGGCAGCGGACUCUUCCAUGGCCAGCUGCAGCAAUGGGGGCACGAGCACGGGAACCCUGCGCAGGCGGCGGGACAAGGACAAGGAGAAGCGGAACGUGUUCGCCAGACUCCGCAGGAAGGUGGGCCAGGGACUCAGCUCACUGCGUAACUGGCACUCGAUGGGCGACUGCGACGACGGUGGCACCACGGAUGCCACCUACGAGUUCCUCACGCCGGCCAUCUGCCCGGAACCCACGCUGCCAUUCACGCACGACUAUUUGCGAUUCAUCCGGAAGAAGUGGCUGGAGCGAGAGGACGCCCACUCGCCCAACCAGGUCAUGUACAAGGCCUGCUCCGAGAUGAUCAACCAAGUGUGGUACUGGGGUGAAAUCUCCAGGCGCGAUUCGCAGCGCCAGUUGAGUGACAAGCCUACUGGGUCGUUCCUGGUCCGUGACUCGGAGACCAGCGGAUCUCAGUUCACACUGAGCUUCCGGAUUGUAAACGUAACUCUGCACUAUCGGCUGGAGUUCAGAGAGGACUUCUGGCACUUCGAGGAGCUCAAGUACGAGUCGAUUGUGGAGAUGAUCGAGGACAUCUUGCACCGCUGCACCAACGACAACUUUGUGUGCUUCGUGAAGGUCCCCAACGAGAUGCAGCCGCCAUUUCCGGUGAUUCUCAAGUACCCGCUGAGCCGGUACGCCAACAUGCCCAAGCUGCAGGACCUGUGCCGCCGCGUUCUGCAGCGCCAGAUGUCGCGCGAGCAGCUGGCGCAGCUGCCAGUGCCGGCGCAAAUGCUGGAGUACUUGUCGGUGGAGCGGGAGCUGGUGUUUCAGAGCUAGGCGCCCGCCCUCCGCCGCUGAGCACCAGCUGGUCAAAGCUUUAACAUGGAAGUAAACGCAAGCGCGUACACCAAAGAGAUCCGGGCGAAUCGAUUCCCAGCCUGCAGUUACUCGUAAUGAUAUUUGUUGGUCGGAUUGGCAAUAUGUUUUUGAUGCAUUUCUACGCCCCAGUAACUAAGCGCACAAUCUCUCACCACGUGCACGCCGGAAUCCCAGUGCGCAAGUUUUUACUGUAUUGUACUGCUAAGUACCACUAGAACUAGUAUUUUGUCUAGGAUAAAACUCUGUUAUUGGCCAUAAUUAGUCUAUUGGUUUGUUUUCCAUGGGUCUUGGUCAAGUCUAAACUCUAAACGCAGUGCGCGAAUCCUUACAUUUUUGUAAAAAUCGAACUAUUGCAUAUAUACAUAUAUGUAUUAACGUUAGUCCUAAGCCAGAUGUAUUGUACUAUUUACGUUGUUCGCAUUUUUGUAUUCCUAACUUGGACACUAACUUUUUGCUAAUCUAGAUUGCAUUGAAUUUAGGCAGCUUUACGGCAAUCGAAUCUGUUCAAUGCCAAUUACUCUUGUUGCAAUGUGUAUGUAUUUUAUUUAAAUCUAUCUACGAAUAUUUUACAAGAAUAAAAUAUCAAUCAACUCA